ACAGAAAGCCAUUGGCGCUUGGCAUGGCAUGGGUUUUGGUAGAAUGGAUAUAAAAUGAUCGGAUUAAAUUUGGAAUCUUGAAUGUGAGAUGCUAGAGGAGGUUCAGGAUGGCGAUGUUUCAUCUCACCUACCCCAAAAGGAAGGGGUUUGUCAACUGGGAUGAGUUAGGGUGCCUUUCCAGAGCAUUAGGGUUUCCAAGAGAUACACUACUGAACAACAUCCCCGAGGAAACAUUGAAGGAUCAAGAUGGUCUCAAUUUCAAGGAGCUCGAGAAAUUGUGCAACCAGAAGUAUUUCCACAAAGCAUUGGACAGGACAUUCAACCACCACACAGAUGACUGGAACCUGUGCGUCAUCAAGAAGGCAGUCCGUCUACUCAGCCAUAAGGUUCUUAGCUUUGCCGAGUUGCAAAAUGUCCGCAUGGCUUAUCAAACAUAUGAGGCGGUUGAUACGAAAGGGAUGACACUGGACCAGCGGACGUUACUGAGGUCGCUGAAGAUGUGUAACCGUACGAUAGCUCCUCUGAAGAUGAUGCACAGGAUCAAACACAUGAGGGAGAACUUCGAUGAACCGAGACGGAUACAGCUGUACGAGUAUCUAGAUCUUAUUCUGUGGUGCGAUCUGUAUGAAAAGCUCAAGUUAGACGACCCUGUUCUAGUGAGCGGGAAGGAUGAGAGAGAUCUGUUCAAGCUCGACAACUUUGCGAUCUUGCUGUCCCACCACGACCAGCGCCUCGCCCUCCAUCUUGAUGAAAAGUACCUGAAGGAUGAGUGGAACUUCGAGGAUAAGGAUGAUGAUGAGGAGGAUGAACGGUGGAGGAGGGCGUCCAAGGAGCCACCGGUCAAGACGGGCAUUAGGACAGAGCAGGUGCGUUAUCACAAAAGGAGGUAUUCUCGUCUCAGAGCGGAAGUAGACAACUCGGAGAAGCGCGUCACCCAUGUGCACGCCGGUUAUGUCCGCGGGCGGCCGAUCUCGGCACCAGAUCUUGUCAUGUACAACACUCCAGAGAUAGCGGCCAGGGAAUCUGCGCACGAGGCAAGACCUGACACUGUCUACUCUUCUAUCGGAGAUUACAUUAGAUGCAGGAUGGAGAAACGGCCCACUCAACGAGAAGUACCUCUAGGUUGUCCAAGGCCAAUACUGACCGAAUAUCAACGUCCCAGAAAUGCAGAGAUCGUCACCAAGGAGGAAUUUACAGAAAGAGGGAAUGUGAUCGAGAGUUUAUAUUUUGAGAUGGAAACUAUGGAUGAGAAGUACCACCAAAUGAUCGAAGAUGACAUGGAAUACGUCAAGCCAGGCUUCAAGGAAAGAUUGGCGAAAAGACCCAAACCAGCUACUCCAUCGCCGCCGCCAGAAGCAAAGCCUAAAGUUGAACCAAGGCCAUCACCUGAAUUUCUGAACUUCAUCGGCUACGCCCAGCCAAAGUCACCACUACCAUCCCAUGCUAGGGCCUGCGAUGCAAGAUUCCGCGGCUGGCGAGACGUGCCGCACAGAAAAGGUCACCACUUCAUCCUGGCCUCACCAACGCACGUGGACAGCUACCAGGGGAGGCUGUUCAAGUCACUGAGGGAGAAGGCUGACAAGGAACUCAACAGACCCUUCAAUGAUUAUAUCUAUCGAUAUACACCACGGAAUCAGGUUUUGAAGGAAGUCCGUCCGACUACUGCCCCGGAAUUAAUAUCUAGUCACGCAUCACCAGUAGCAGACGAUAGAAGAGACAAGAGACGGCAUGAUGUAGGGAAUACUGAUGCCACUAGCGGACACCACGGGUCGACUGGUGUUUUAUCCCUCCGGGCAGACUCAGAGGCUAGUUCUCUGUCCUUCACUGACUUCAAAAUGUACAAGGAAGAACCGCAGGAAAAGGUGUACGAAAACGAGGCAGAGAAAAGGACAGCUGAGGCUAAAGAACGGGAGGAGAAGAACUUCGAGAGUUUCUUAGAAACCAAGGAUUCCAGAGAAUCAACGCCUGGAAGUCCGCAAAAAGACAGGAGGACACAGGGGAGCCCGCAGAAGGAUAAGAGGAACGCGAAUGUCCACGAAGAUGAGAAAGGGGCCCACGAUGGGGAGGAGGCCGUGUGUAAGAGGGAUGUCAGGGGUGACGUCUUUGAAAAAAAUGUGUCGAAUGUUGACGACCAUGGCCCGGUGGACAGGUUAGAGAUAUUUACGCCUAAGAUAGAAUACUCUAAACCAAAGAUUGUGGAGAUGAGCAAAGUUGGUAGGAUUACGUUGUUGGGGAGUAUUAUCGAAAGCACGGAGGCCGAAGAGACGCUAGAGAAAGCAAAACUGAAACAAAAACGCGCUGAACAUCCUUCUGAAAGUGGCCGUAGAAUCAACUCUUCGAGGCAUGUUUCGCCCACAAAGAUGUCUAUUGGGCACGAUGGCGAAGUAGCUGAGUCAUAUAUCAAACAAGCUAGUCAAUAUUUACACAAGAUCGCCCCGAAAAAAUACGUCAAACCUAAGGACAGGCCAAGAAAAGAUUCGACUACAAAAACUAAACUGCAGGAAAACAAGAUGAUGGACAGCUGUCAAGACAGCAAACGGGAAAACAUGCCGCAGUUCCGUUCUCACUCGGCUGGGCUUGGUAGGCGAACUGUCCCGGUGAUCGCGGUUGAGGACUUGUCUGUUCCUUUGCGUGCUGCCCAGAUCGUCCUCGAGGUGGAGAAUUGGGAGCCCAAAUCUGCCUCUUUCCCAGACGACCCCAAGAAGUCUUAUAAACGGUUGAUAAAAAGGAUUGAAGGCAACAUCGGGUCUAAUGUUGAAGCCCAAGUGAUGAAAAGUUUUACUUCGUCUCAAAACGAGACGUUACUUGGAUGUGCUUAAAAAGAUUUAUGUUUGUGAGAGAGUAAUCCAAGCUUUAGUCACCAUGGUCAACGUUGGACCAAAUGUACACGUUUAGAUGGGUACAGUGCCCAUCGGCUCUAUCCAUCUAUAAAGGUAGCUGUUGUAGAGAAGGCUUCGACCAAUCACUGUGAGGUUUUUGUUGUGGGUUGGACUCAGGGUUUGGACUUGAGGGUUUCUUUUGAUUCCCAUCAGUCAUGCAGUGUCUGAGGUCGUUUGACAUCACAUUUCAUUCUGGAUACCAGUGCUACGGUAACUCGACCCAAUGAGUUUGUUUUCUAACGUCUGUGAUCAUGUUAAAGCAUUUCUUAGAUAAUUAGAACUACGGAUGGUAUUAUAGAGAACCAGAGAUUAAUGUAACAAUAAAAACU